CGCCGCAGCCUGGCGCUGUGCAGCUGAUGACAGGUCUGAAGGCGGUGCAAAGGCGGCUGUUCGUGGUGGCACUCCGAUGCUCUCAGCUGCAGAGCGGCGGGCUGGGCCGGCCAUUCCCAUCGUUUGCUGAUGUCGUUCGACUGCGCGCGAGACGCCAUACCUCAGUCCGCUGCGAUGGCGGCCUCCUGCGCCGUCGGGGCAGUGUGGGCCAGAAUGCGCAUCAGAGCUCGACAUUCGACGCACAGGCAGGCUCGCACGGCCGCGCGUGAUGCGUCGUUGGACAUCCACCGGGGUGCUGCGACCCGCAGCAUAUGCGCCUCGAUUCGUUUCUCCAGCCACACAUGAUAACUGCACGGUGUGUGUUUCAGCAUUAGUCGCUCGGGCCGAAGUGUGCGCUGGGAUUGGCCUC